AUGGCUGACUUGCUAAACGACACAAACGACAUCGUCGUUGAGACCAACAGCGACGCAGCAAAGAAGUUAACCCCAUGGAGCGCCGAUAUGGACCCGGCCGCCGCAUUGGCCAGCGCGCGCCACGAGUUCGGCGAGCACGGCGGCGUUAACAUGUCAAUCGAAGCCUCCGCCACAUUCACCGUCAUGGAACCGGAAACCCUCCGCCGCAUGUUCGCCGGAGAACUCGGUCCCGAACGCGACUUCUUCAUCUACAGCCGUCACUUCAACCCAACCGUCCUCAACCUCAGCCGUCAGAUGGCGGCGCUCGAAGGCACCGAGGCCGCGUACUGCACCGCGAGCGGCAUGUCCGCCAUCUCCUCCGUCCUGAUGCAACUUUGCAGCAGCGGCGAUCACGUGGUCGCUUCCUCUGCCCUUUACGGUGGGACCCACGCGCUUCUCUCGGGUUUCUUUCCCAGGGCGUGCAACAUAACAACCACUUUCGUUGAUAUCUUGGAUUUGGAGACCGUUGAGGAUGCAAUCGUGGAAGGGAAGACCAAAGUGUUGUACUUUGAGUCCAUAGCGAAUCCGAGCCUGAAGGUUGCUAACAUACCCGAGCUGUGCAGGGUGGGUCACAAAAAGGGAGUGACUGUGAUUGUGGAUAACACGUUUGCUCCUAUGGUUAUUUCCCCUUCUCGUCUUGGAGCAGACGUCGUCGUUCACAGUAUCUCCAAAUUUGUCAGUGGUGGUGCUGACAUCAUUGCAGGGGCUGUGUGCGGGUCUGCGAGCCUAGUGAAUUCGAUGAUGAGCCUCCAGCAAGGGCCCCUUAUGCUGUUGGGUCCAACUAUGAAUGCCAAGGUGGCAUUUGAACUCUCAGAGAGAAUCCCUCACUUGAGUCUUCGGAUGAAGGAACAUUGCCACCGUGCAUUUGUGUUUGCCACCAGGCUCAAGAAAUUAGGACUCAAGGUUAUAUACCCUGGCCUUGAAGAUCACCCACAACAUGAAUUGUUGAAAGCCAUAGCCAACAAGGAUUAUGGGUAUGGUGGGCUUCUUUGCAUUGACAUGGAAACAGAGGAGAGGGCUAAUAAUUUGAUGCACCAAUUGCAGAACUAUGUUCAAUUUGGUUUCAUGGCUGUUAGUUUGGGCUAUUAUGAGACCCUCAUGUCAUGCUCUGGUAGUAGCACUAGCAGUGAGAUGAAUGAGGAGGAACAGAAGCUUGCUGGAAUCUCACCUGGCCUUGUAAGGAUGUCCAUUGGUUAUAUCGGGACAUUGGAGCAGAAGUGGACUCAGCUGGAAAAGGCAUUGGCUAGAUUUCAUCAUGAAUAUGGGUUCUCCCACAAGAAUUGAGUCAAUUGAGUCACUUGGGUUUAAUUUUAGUCUAUUUACGGUUUUUAUGUACUUUAUUUUGUGGGGUACUUAAAAGGGACUUGGAAGAAAUACGUGUUGCAA